ACGGAACAAGUCUGUCCAACUUCAAAAUUAGUCCCCACAGUAGCUUUUUGUUCCUACCAGGAGACGUUACUGGUCGUGGAAUAAAUUCUACGCUCCAACAGCUCCAUCUUCCGGAGGUGCAAAUUCAUUUGCAUUUAGGUUUUCCAAGUUAUUUUUGACUUUGUCAAAAGUCAGUGAAUGCAAAUGGCGAAACAAUUAAUUCACUGCAAGUUUCGGGAAGCCUCUGGUGACCUUCUCAUGGAUUUUCUUAUUAAUCUUAACAAAAGAAACAAAGAAAACCUCAGCAGUUUAUCGAAAUGUAACGGAGUAUUCAAAGAUAAAAGAGUCGUUGAGUACAUCCUUCUGAUAACCAGAGAAAUGAGACUCGAUCCACUGGUUGGAUACCAUGCAAUUGAAUUAUUUCAAAGAUUCAUGGUCAAGCACCUUAUGAAUUUGUUCAAUGCCCACACAUCAGCUGGUGUUCAGCCGAGAAGACACAAGGAUGCAAGGACGUUUUUUGACAAGAUCAAGGAGAAAUUCCCAAUCCUAAUCUUCUCCUGCGUCCAACUUGCGAGCAAACUGUCAUUGUACAGUCAGAUGAUCAACAACAAGACUGCUGUACAGUUCCUGCAUUCAGUUGGCAUCAGCGUUUCCACACAGUCUCUCUUCAAUUCAGAGAUGAUGAUCUUGAAAGCGCUUGAAUUCAGACUGCAUGUCCCAAAUCCUCUGACGUACAUGGAAAUACUUCUGGAGGUACUUGGACACAAUGAGCCAUCCAUCCAUGUGGAGCGCCUGUAUGACAUGGGCCAUCAUGUUCUUCAGUUUGUCAGCCUACAGCGGACUCCCAUCUACGAGACAUUGUUAAAGACAAUCAGUCAAUGUCUCAACCCAACCAGAGAACAGAGAGAGAAGUUUGCGACAGUGACUGACGACAACAUGCUUCUUGGUGUCACUGUCAUUGCUGUGGCUACGUUCAUCCUCUAUGUCAAAAAGUGGGAACAGGUUGUGGGAGAACUGAGCCAUAUCACAGGAAUCUCAAAGAGGAGCAUCAGCGAUUUUACUCAUGUGAUAGUGAUGCAGAUCAAUGGAUCCAGUUCCCAUGUGACAUCAGCUUGAGUCUGAAUAAAACUCACUCCCUAAAACUG